CCGCCGCCGCCGCCGGCCGAAAAUGGCUGAAGAAAAGGAUCAGACUAUGACGGAGUCGAACGAACCCGUCACCGGACAUAUCAUCUCUACUACAAUUGAAGGGAAGAAUGGUGAACCAAAGAGGACGAUUAGCUAUAUGGCUGAGCGCAUUGUGGGAACUGGGUCAUUUGGAAUUGUCUUCCAGGCCAAAUGCUUGGAAACAGGGGAGACUGUUGCCAUAAAGAAGGUGUUGCGGGACAAGAGAUACAAGAAUCGGGAGCUUCAAUUGAUGCGCACGAUGGAUCAUCCUAAUGUUGUUUCUUUAAAGCACUGUUUUUUCUCGACCACAAGCAGAGACGAGCUUUUUCUCAACCUGGUCAUGGAGUUUGUGCCUGAAUCUUUAUACCGAGUUCUUAAGCAUUAUAGUAGUAUGAACCAGAGGAUGCCAUUGAUAUUUGUGAAGCUCUAUACCUAUCAGAUUUUCAGGGGGCUAGCUUAUAUUCAUAGUGUUCCAGGAGUUUGCCAUAGAGAUGUGAAGCCACAAAAUGUUCUGGUUGAUCCUCUCACUCACCAAGUUAAGCUUUGUGAUUUUGGAAGCGCCAAAAUUCUGGUUAAGGGUGAAGCAAACAUAUCUUACAUUUGUUCACGCUAUUAUCGUGCUCCGGAACUUAUAUUUGGGGCGACAGAGUACACUACUUCUAUUGACAUAUGGUCAGCAGGCUGUGUCCUUGCUGAGUUACUCCUUGGGCAGCCACUGUUUCCUGGAGAAAGUGCUGUUGAUCAGCUGGUUGAGAUAAUCAAGGUUCUUGGUACUCCAACUCGGGAGGAAAUUCGGUGCAUGAAUCCUAACUAUACAGAUUUUAGGUUUCCACAGAUAAAAGCUCAUCCAUGGCAUAAGAUAUUCCACAAGAGAAUGCCACCAGAAGCAAUAGAUCUUACAUCACGACUUCUCCAGUACUCACCAAGUUUUCGUUGUACUGCAUUAGAAGCAUGUUCCCAUCCCUUUUUUGAUGAACUCCGUGAACCCAAUGCACGAUUGCCAAAUGGUCGGCCAUUGCCUCCCCUUUUCAACUUCCAACAAGAGCUAGAUGGGGCAUCUCAAGAUCUCAUCAACAAGCUAAUUCCAGAACACGUGAGGCGCCAACCUGGUCUCAGUCUCUUCUAUCCGGCUGGGACAUAAAAAAAACGAACCUUCUUAAAGAAUGGACGCCAAAGGAAAAAAAGGAGGUUUUCAUUUAUUUCUUCAUGUACUGCAGAUGAAAUCCACCGAUUAAAGUUGCUGCUAUAGAAAGUUAAAGUCAGCAUGGUCGCUAGUUUGAGGAAUGGCGCUUAUACUAUUGAGCCAUCAACAGUUCAGGUAUUGUAUAUUGUAUAAUAACUUUUAGGAUUCUUGUGAUGGAUAGCUGUGGGUAGAAGUUGAUGCUGGAUGUUCAGUAAAUGGCGAAGGAAGUUUGGCUGGAGUAGCAGUUUGUAUUUUGGGUAUGUUCGGCUGGAGACUGUAGAAAUGACUGCGAUUAGUUCUUAUCUUUCAUAUCUAUAAUUAUCAAGUUUCAUGUUUUUAUUAACAAUUUAUUGGUCAGUUUUAUGUAAAUUUACGUUCCUAAUCCAGAGUUUUGAAAAGC